AUGAGCACCUAUAGUCACGUUCGGACCGAUACGACAAUCUUUUCCAAUUUUUGCGGUCGGAUCCUGAAACAAUGGCUUCGGCACUUUCACCCAUCAAUCUCUACAUCAGAAGAGCAUCUCGCGUUAUUUACUUUACAGAUGAAGAAAAAAGAUAAUCGUCCAACUAUGGCAUCCUUUGGGUGCCUAGCUACCAGGCCGCCGGAAGGAAGCACGAGGGUUGGGAUAUUGCCAGUUCGCCCAAGCCUAGACAGGGGAAGUCGAGAGGCAGAGGUCAGGUUCGAACCACGGCCCUUUCGCGCUCUAACCACUGAGCCAUCUUCCCCGCAACGAUCCGGCAAGUUUCAUCAAAACAAACCAAUGGGAAUUUACACACCUAAGGAAUGUUAUUGCAGUAUUACAGUUAGGGCCAAAUAG